CAUGGCAGAGGACGUGAAGAAAAUAUAGUCAGUGAACACUUCUGACUUUUAUACUGGUAGAUAGGUAUCAGCGAUCUAAAUAUCAUCAUAAAAACAUUUACUGGAGAUUUUUAACUUUUUUGGGGCGCCCUGAUGGGUAUAUCAGUCUAUUUAUUAUAUCAGUUUUGAAAUUACAUAACCCUAUCAGAUGUGACUUUUAACAUGGUGCACGUUGAGGGUUGAUUGAGGAAUGCUUAGAUUCGCAUCUAUGUCUGCUUCAAGGAGGCUAAGAAUUCUAGCUAACUCCAUUCAUUCACCAGUAUUAAAGCCUCUAUGUAYAGAUACCAAUGUGAGUAUUGGAGAUGUCACAAUCAAGCUCAAGAAAGCUCUAAAUCCUGAACUAGUUCCAAUAAAAUAUAUUUCUGGGGAGCUUCCACAGAGUGUUUUAACAACAUUAAGAUGGAUAAUGCAGAAGGACAAACUUGGUCAAGAUGUGUUCCUUAUUGGUUCUCCAGGUCCACUGAGAAGACUUCUUGCAAUGCAAUAUUUAGAACUGACAAAUGGUGAAAUGGAGUAUUUAUCUCUUACUAGAGAUACAACAGAAGCUGAUUUAAAACAAAGAAGAGAAAUACAUCAUGGGACAGCAUUUUAUGUUGAUCAAUGUGYUGUGCGUGCAGCAGUCAAAGGACGCAUUCUUGUGUUGGAGGGAAUAGAAAAAGCAGAACGAAAUGUUCUACCAGUCUUGAAUAACUUGCUGGAGAACAGGGAAAUGCAGCUUGAAGAUGGACGCUUUCUUAUGGCAGCCUCAAGAUAUGAUGCUCUGCUCAAGGAACACACUAAGGAAGAACUUGAUGCCUGGAAUUUAGUGAGAGUGAGUGAGGAUUUCAGGGUUAUAGCUCUUGGGCUGCCUGUACCUCGUUACCAUGGUAACCCUUUAGAUCCACCUUUGAGGUCCAGGUUCCAGGCACGAGACAUCCAGCUUUUACCUUAUAAGGAUCAACUUGAUUUGUUACAACUCUCAGGACCUCAAGUUGUCAAAGAAAAAUUGAUUCAACUGCUGUCCUUUGCACAAACACUUCAAUCUUCAGAGUUGUCGUCAGUUGGGCUGCCUGAUUUUCCUAUUCACAAUUUAGUUAAAAUAGUUAAAAUCUUGUCAGAUGAUCCUAGCCAUUGUGUACAAGAUCUUGUUUAUGCCUUGUACCCAUAUAACCUUAUUCUUGGUACAGAAGRAAAAAAUGUUGUAAAAGAUGCUCUCAAGACAUUUCAUUUGGAGAAAAAGAAUCAAGUUCAAGAAGCUAUUAAUAUUGAACGAAUAGAAGAAAAAUYUGAUUUUCAGAACCCAACAUCAUCUGUAAAGUUAAACAAGAAUGGGUUUCCUGUGUCUAUAGAUGUCCCACAUGGAAGAAAACAUCCAUGUUCAAUUUCUGACAGCAUGCAAAAGGACAAUAAGUUUGUGAUGACUCAAUACCAUAGUAAUCUAUUGUCAGCAAUGUUACAAUCACAUGCUGUCAGUGAUUUUUGCYUGGUUGGACCUAAGGGAUGUGGUAAAUCAGUCCUAGUUCAACAGUUUGCUAAACUUCUUGGAUAUCGAUUAGAGCCAGUAGUUCUUUAUCAAGACAUGACAUCAAGAGACUUACUGCAGCAAAGAAUAACACUUGCAAAUGGAGAUACRAGCUGGAGACCUUCACCUYUAGUCAUAGCAGCACUUGAAGGUCAUAUUGCUGAGUUAGAUGGUUUGCACAGAGUUAACCCUGGAACUUUAGCUGUUUUACAAAGGCUUGUUCAUGAUCGUGAGCUACAGUUAUAUGAUGGUUCAAGACUAUUAGAUGAAAACAGAUACAAUGCCUUGAAGCAAAAACUAAAUCUGGACGAUGAGAACAUGAAGGAAAAGGGGGUAUAUUGUAUUCAUCCUUCCUUUCGUGUCAUUGGUCUCGCUGAACCUCCAGUCAUUGGUGGUACUCARGCUCCAUGGCUCAACUCUGAGAUCUUGUCAAUGUUUAUGUUUCACAAUGUAAUUCCUUUGUCAAAAGAACAAGAGGCUGAAGUUAUCUACAAAAUGGUUCCAGAUGCUCCUAAGUCAGCCAUGGACAAAGUCUUAAAUCUUACAGAGAAAUUAAGAAGUUCACAAGAUGCUGCAGUUUCUUCAGUUUCCUCUUCAUUGUCAACAAGACAACUUCUCCGCAUUGCAAAUAGACUGUCCAGUCAUCCAACAGAACAACUUGAACAUGCAAUCAAUAAAGCAUGUUUAUCAAGAUUUCUUCCUAAAUUGGCAGCAGCAGGACUGCAAAAGGAACUCAUCGAUGCAAAAAUACACAUAGAAAACAAUAAUAUAGAUAAUGGUCGCAAACUACCAACAACAAGUGAAGUGAAAAAUGGAAGCCUUAAAAUUGGACAGACAAUUGUAUCAGUACAUAAUCCAGAUAACCAAACCAAAGUACCAGAUGUAGUAUUCUAUGAUAUCCCUCAGCAUCUCAACAUUAUGGAGGACAUGCUGAAGGACUUUGCACUUGGUGAACACCUACUGCUUGUUGGAAAUCAGGGUGUAGGAAAGAAUAAAAUUGUAGACAGAUUUCUUCAUCUCCUGAACAGACCACGAGAGUACAUUCAGCUACACAGAGAUACAACCGUCCAGUCUCUUACUUUACAGCCGACUGUACAGGAUGGGAUUAUCGUUUAUGAAGAUUCACCAUUGGUUCGAGCUGUCAAGUUUGGUCAUGUGCUAGUAGUAGACGAAGCGGACAAGGCCCCUACCCAUGUGACCUGCAUACUUAAGACUCUAGUUGAGAGUGGCGAGAUGGUUCUUGGUGAUGGCAGAAGAAUCAUUAAAGGAGAUGGCAGUUCAUCGCUACCUGAUAACGUCAUACAAGCACAUCCUGAUUUUCGAAUGAUUGCAUUAGCUAACAGACCUGGAUUCCCAUUCUUGGGAAAUGACUUCUUUGCAGCUCUUGGCGAUAUCUUCAGCUGCCAUGCUGUGGAUAAUCCUGACUUCAAGUCCGAGAUGGCAAUGCUACGCCAAUACGGACCAUCUGUUCCAGAAGAMGUUCUUGUGAAGUUAGUGAGCGCAUUUGGUGAAUUGAGAUCCCGCGCUGAUCAGGGAUUGAUAUCAUAYCCAUACUCCACACGGGAGGUUGUCAACGUGGUCAAGCACUUACAGGAAUAUCCCGACGAAGGUGUUGCGAGUGUGGUUCGUAAUGUCUUYGACUUUGAUUCGUAUCAUCCCGAAGUGAAAGACGUAGUAUUGGAGGUCAUGCAUAAACAUGGUAUCCCUGUGGGUACAUCAUCAAGGAAUAUCAACCUAGUUACCGAGAUUCCUUUAUCGGCCCCAGUUUUCUUGGCUAACUGGCAGAUAGCAGAAGGAGAGCCUGGUACGGGCGAUAUAAUCAACUGUCCGGUAGAGGAACGGAAACUAAAAGUGAAGGGCCCCCGUCCUCUAUCAACGUCGAAGAAAGAUCUCGACAAGAUAAUAGAUAGAUCUCGUGUUUUUACUGAGCAAAUAAGCCAUUGGGAUCUCCCCCUAUAUGAAAGUAGCUUUGUCGCAUCAGUAGCUGUCGGACCAGGUAAUGUCCGGGGUGACUGGAUUCAUGCGCUGACAGUUAACCCUGUUACAUUGUUAUCAUCACAACGAAAUGAACACACUGCCGUAGCAUCUGAUUUGUUUGAACUAUUUCCCACUACAUACUUAUCCAUCCAACCACAGUUAAAAAUGGCAGCUCUUGGAAAACACCUGAAUGGCCAAGUUAUACUGUUUGACCAAGAAUCAAACGUUUUGCUACAAAUAGAUCCACAAAAUGCAUCAGUUAAAUUUCUUAGCCUCGGCUCUGUUGCUGAAAACACAAAACGAAAAUUAACACGCCAUUUCUCGGUAAAAGAACAGAAUAAAUUUCAGAUAUGCAGCGGUUUCUCUCACGAAAACUGGAUUGUAAUAUAUCAGGAGGGUAGCAACAAACUCGACGUUGUCGAUAUAGAAGAGGAGGUCACUCAGCAUAUGACGUUUCCCUUUGUGAUUGGACAGAUUCAUCCUUUCUCGCGUGAUCUCUGGCUAUUGGGAGAGACUGGUACUGACCGGAAGUACUUUCUUGGAAAGCCUUAUCCCGAAGCCCCAGUCCCUUGUGUGCUCUAUCCAAUUAUCAACGAUGAGGACWAUACUGAGUCUCUUUGGCAAUCGAUAUCUACUCGUAGACUUACCCAAGAUGUUUUGUGUUCGGCACUAGGAGACAACAAGAGAUCAAGAAGUAAUCGAUUACUUACAGAUAAAAAUAGCUAUGCGAACAUUGCUUUAUCCCAACCSGACCAACUCGUCAACAGGUCUYCUGUUUCAUUGUUUUCUUUUCCWCGAGAAAUCAGGAAAACUCGAGAAAAACAAAGUCAGUCAAAGAAAUCCUUUGAUAAUGAUGUACUUCACUUUGAUUUGGUUCCUCCUGUUUGUCUGCCAACCGCUGGACAGGUUGUUCGCUUUGUACCAGACUCAUUCGUUCCUGAGAAAAGUAAAAUGGAGUCUGACGUUACAUCAGCUCCAAAUAUGGGAUAUCUAGAGGUAGUUGAUGUAGGAARGCACACUAUACGCUACCUCCCAUUACCUGGACGACGCAUCCUUUCUUUGUAUACACGCUGGUCACAAGUACCGCUUGUAAUGGCGCACACAUCUGAUGAGGGACUGGUAACAAUUGAUGCCGCUGGACAAGUUAGAAUAUGGGAAACUGGGUUCAAAAACCUAGACAAUUCUCUUACAGAAUGGAAAAGAUUGAUUGGUCAAGAUUCACAAAGUAAACUCCAGGUGAAUUAUUCUCGCGAGAGUGGCUUAGACGUGUCAGCACCCAAACAUGGCAAGGUAGACGAAUCUGGCAAUCCACAUGUUGGUGGUAACACGUGGGCUGGAGGGACUGGUGGACGAGAUACCGCAGGGCUUGGUGGGAAAGGAGGCCCUUACAGACUUGAUGCAGGACACGAUGUCCAUCAAUUAUCAGACGAAGAGAAGGAUGCUGUUCCUGAUGAUGUUAAAAAAGCUGCACGUGAAAUGGCAAGACGAGCAUUUAGAGAAAGGCUUCGAGAAAUUCAAAUGAGUGAUUAUGAUGCUGAAAUGUACGAAUCAUUCUCGUCACGUGUUCGACGUCAAGUCCAGUCUCUUCGGGUGAUUCUUGAUAGUUUACAGGCAAAGAACCGGGAACGAGUAUGGCUUCGUCACCAGACCUCUGGAGAGCUCGAUGAUACCAAGCUUAUUGAGGGCCUUGCAGGAGAACGCGCUAUUUAUAAGAAAAGAGGAGAAGAGGAGCCUGAACUUGGAGCUCCCCAGCGUCUUCCCAAACGUCUGCGGUUUGUAGUGGAUGUCAGCGGAAGUAUGUAUCGGUUCAAUGGUUUGGAUGGUAGGCUUGAGAGAAUGAUGGAGGCUGCUUGUCUAGUCAUGGAGGCUUUUGAUAAAUACGAUGAUAAAAUUAAGUAUGAUAUUGUUGGGCAUUCUGGAGAAUCCCCUGAAAUCAACUUUGUCAGUGACGACUCACUUCCUAAGAACAACAGAGAGAGACUGGACAUCAUGAAGGAAAUGCAUGCGCAUGCCCAGUACUGUAUGAGUGGUGACUUCACGCUUGAGGCGACGGCACGUGCUAUWARUAAAGUGUCAAGUUUUGAUGCUGAUGAACACUUUGUUGUUGUGCUGAGUGACGCUAAUCUUGCACGGUACGGCAUCCCCGCGGAGCAAUUCGGGAAUGUCUUGACACGUGAUUCUAAAGUCAAUGCAUUCGCUGUGUUCAUUGGCUCGUUGGGCAACCAGGCCGAUAGGCUUGUAAAGACACUUCCCAGUGGCCACGCCUUUGUCUGCCUGGAUACCAAGCAGCUUCCUCUUGUCUUACAACAAAUUUUUACUUCAACAUUGUUGAAUUCGAAAUCAUAGCAAGAAAUUCAAAGAGAGCAUUUCUUAAGGCUACUGUAAACCUUCACUAGACUUACCAAAUUACCACGUUAAAAACAACUAUUCCCUGUCUUGUUGAAAAAUGGCUAUAUCAUACAUCAUAUUACACGUAGCUGUAUGAACGAGCAAUAAGCCUUUUACUAUCGAAAAUUAAUUGUUGAAGUCACUAUUUUGGCUUCCAGAAGUUAGCGUAAAAGAAAAUUUUGGAAAAACCACGCUUUUUCCACGCAAGAAAAAAUAAAGACAACGCCGCACCAAAAAAUGCCCAAAASCGCGAACCCUUAAUUAACGCCACCCUCCCCACCCAUGAAGGUUUUUAAGAGGGUGUCAGUGUGGGUACCCAAAAGUCCCAAAAUUCAGUUAACUACAAAUUUUUGGGUCAAAAGUCAAUUAACUCUUAUAUUUUUGACCAAAAGUCAGUAAACUACUAAUGUUAGAUAGGAAUUAACUUUUGGUCUCUUGUAUCGAAUGUCAUUGCAUUAUAAAUUGUAGUUUUAAUGCUAACAUCACCAAUAAACUGAUUUGUGCAAUCA